AUGGCUCCUCCUCCGCCCGCAACCCUGCCUCUGGCUGACCGAUUGAAGACUUUGGCUCAAACUCUCCAGUUUGCCUGGUUCAUUGGCCACUUGACGCUUCUGCUCUCCGUCUUCCGCUACUCUCUAUCCUUUGUCUUCUUCAACUACUACUCCUCCGCCGCUCAAAUCUCUUAUCGCCUGGCCUUUAUCUCCGCAGCUGUGACCUAUGGAAUCGUUGUGUACAAGGGCCACUUCGCCCGUGGUGUUCAAGGCAAUGUCCCCACCAUCGUCACCAAGCUCAUCUCCGACGAGAAUGUGCAAUACCUUGGAAUGGCUCUGGUUUGGCUGUACUCUCGCCAGCUGAUUCUGGCUCUUCUCCCAUUCAGCGUGUACUCGGUCUUCCACGUUGCGACCUACACCCGCAUGUACCUGAUCCCCACCCUUCAGCCCUCUGCCCAGGGUGCCGCUGGCGCAUCCUCCCCCGGCUCCCCCAGCUCCAAGCCCGCCGUCAAGCAGAACCCCCUCGCCGAGACCAUUGGUCGCUUCAUCAAGCAGUACUAUGAUGCCAGCAUGGGUGUCGUUGCCACUCUCGAAAUUCUGCUGCUCUUCCGCUUGAUUCUGUCUGCCAUUACCUUCUCUCGCGGGAGCUGGGUUUUGCUGCUGGUUUACCUUUCUUUCUUCCGUGCCCGCUACGCCCAGAGCUCCUUCGUUCAGCAGGCUGUCCGUCAGUUGACCGCCCGCGCCGAUGCCUCCAUCUCUCACCAGAGCACUCCUCCCCAGGUUCGCCAGGGUUGGGAGGCCUUCAAGGGCAUCGUGCGCCAGGCCUAUGAUGCUACCGAUAUCGGUCGCUACAUCGCCGGCCCCGCUGCCGCCAACAAGAAGCCGCAGUAA